UGUAUAUCUCCUUUGCUCUCUUACCCUUAACAUCUCGUUUCCCUAAAAUCAAAUCAUCUAAUACCCAUUCUCUUUCCCUCCUUCCCUCUCUCUACUGAUCAUCUUCAUAAAGGUAAUGCCAAUGGCAAGAGCAUGUGUUCUUCGUUAUUUAUUACAUUGUAUAUGAUAUUUUGUCUCGAUCUUCUCUUUUUGCAUAUAUAUUGUAAUUCUUGUUUUCUUAGAAAAAUAAAUUAAACAGGACAGGGAUUAAUGGAGGAGCCAAAAUGGCUGGAAGGUCUCUUAAGAGCACACUUCUUCAGCAUUUGUCCUCAACACCGCGAGAUGCCGCGGAAUGAGUGCAACAUGUUCUGCCUCUCCUGUCAAAACGCUGCGUUUUGCUUCUACUGCCGCUCCUCCUUCCACAUUGACCACCCCGUCCUUCAGAUAAGAAGAUCGUCGUAUCAUGAUGUGGUGAGAGUAUCCGAGAUAGAGAGUGCAAUGGACAUAAGAGGAGUGCAAACUUAUGUCAUCAACAGCGCGAGGGUUCUCUUCUUAAACGAGAGACCUCAGCCUAAGAACUCCUCUCAUGGCGCCGCCUAUUCCAACCCAAAAACCAUGUCCUACUUAUGUGAGACAUGUUGCAGAACCCUUCUUGAUCCCUUUCGCUUCUGUUCCUUGGGUUGCAAGGUUGAAGGAAUGAGGAAGAAUAAGGAAGAGGAAGAAGAAAGAUUGCGUAAAGAAAGACAACAAGAAACGCACAAAGGCACGCAUCCUCCAACUCAUACCUCUAAUUCUAGGCGACGAAAAGGCAUUCCUCAUAGAGCACCUUUUGCCUCCUAAUUUAAUCAAUCUUUUUCAAGAAAUAUAAGAAAAUAAAAUAUAAAAAACUUUUCUUUAACUUAUAUAUAUAUAUAUAUAUUUUUAAACUCCCAUUUAAUGGUCCACCCAAAUUAGCAUAAUAUAUGCGUAUUGGGUGGGUGUAUUUAUAUAUUCCAAAUUUGUACAAUGUCCAGCUCACUCCUCACAAUCCUCUCACAUGGUAACAACAAUUUGUCUAGAAGAAAAUCCUAAUUUUCCCUACUCUUUUAUUUAUUUAUUCAUCAUUAAAUACAUU